UUGUAACGAGUGAUUAUUAAUAUUUUGUGGAUGAACUGUACCCCCACCUACUUUUUACAACAGCGUCUCCACUUUCAUAUUUUGUACAUUGUACACAUAAAGUUUGUUUCUUAUAAAUGUCUUUUCAUUUCAUUUUCAGUUACAAGAAUACGGUAUUGAGACAGCCACAGGAAACUGGCCAGAUUCAAGUUCAAGUGAAUCCCACACAUUUAUCCUCUACACCAGGGCCAAGCCAGCUUCAUGUGGCUUCCGGUACCAAGACUCCCUCAGUAUCUGGAGUGUCAGGCCCAGAUUCAGAACAAUCCCGUGAUGUAAAACUGGAGUAUUUAUCAAAAGCUGGCAGGUCAUCUGAAGUAAAGAAAUUGUCUGAUUCAUUUGUCGACCCAUUUGACCCAAAGGAAAUCAACGAGGUUGCAGAGGAUGUUGCAUAUGAGGAAGCAGAAUUUGGAAUGGAGAUUGAUGGGGACACUGUUGAUGAAGGAGAUAUGAAGGGAGAUGACCACACUACAGCUGGACCAAUACAGGUCUGUGAUGAUGGACAUGCAUGUGGCUGCUGGUGUUCUCAACCAAUCCUUAAUAAAAGGCUUCACAGUGGAGAUUUUCUUGUCUGCUCUACCAUCCUGACAUCUAGGAACAAUUAUGGGAAGAUGGAUCUGUGGGCUGACAUGCUGCACUUGAAAUUCCCUUCAGCUGAUCAGUUCCACAGAAUCCAAAGCACCUAUUUAGUGCCAACCAUUGACAGGUACUGGGCCGCUCAUCAGCAAGAAGUCAUCAGUGAGUUCAAGGACACAGAAGUAAUUGUUCUUGGUAAGACUGCCACUUCUGCCUUCAUGCUGCGACACGUAUCAUUGGCUCCUGGACAUUUGGAGGAAUCGGAUGGAUGUAAAGGUGGAUUGAUGGAUUGA